AUGCCUGGUCGCGUUGUUGUGCCGACGCCUUCUUUUCUACCCAGAAAGGAUUCUACUCGAUUCAACAAUACCUCUUCUUCUGCCCCUAACAAGGUCACCACUGUGCUCACCAACCUUCAGAGACGUAAUGUGCAAACCCUCAAAGUUGAUUCACAAGUCGCUCUAUCCAUCUUUCAAAUGGCAGCUCAAGGUGAACUGUUGCAACUGCAAGCCAAACUAGACACACCUGGCGUCAACAUUGACGAGCGCGACGAUAAGGGCUUCUCGCCACUAUUGUGGGCCUGCGCGAACGGUCAGAAGGCAGCAGUGGAAUUACUACUCUUUCGCGGCGCCAAUGCACAUGUGCGAGGCAUGAAUGGGGAGAGCGCGUUGCUGCUAGCGGCGUGUCGAGGACACUAUGAUGUGGUGCAGUACCUGCUUCGCGCCGGCCUGCCCGUCGAUGCAGUGGACGAGCUAGAUAAUACGGCGCUCAUGUUUGCUGCCUUCUACAACCACGUAGCUAUAGUCUCGCUGUUGCUUGAUUGGGGUGCCGAUGUGACAGCAGUUAAUGGGGAGGGCUGGGACGCCCUUCAAAUCGCUGUGCGUCGCGGUGCCCGUUCCAGCCAACGAAUAAUUGAGAAGCACCUAGUCUCUCUCCUCAUCCCCGAUGGACACCACGACCAUUCGGAUACCCUCACGCCCCGUCCUCUAUAA